GUGCUUUACGUCAUCUGUUUGGCCCUUGUGGCCGGCUGGGCGGCGGCCGACGUGUGCAUGCCGCUCCUGGAGUGCAAGGAGCUGCUGGAGGAGGAGCCCAUCGUGGACCCGUUCGCGGCCGGACGGCUCUGCACGCUCAGUGACGGCUCCGUUGGCGUGCUGUGCGGCUCUAGCGGCCUCAUCAGCAGGUUCGGCGGACCGCAGGCGGCGGCGCCCUCUCCGAGCAUCUUUUUCCCUGGCGAGAUCACCGGCAGCAAGGGCGUGUUUGACUUGCGGCCCCUGAAGAACCGCCUCAAGGACCGACAGGAGCUGGUGAUCAGCAACCUUGUGCAGAAGCUGUCAGUGGUAGCGGAAGCAAAGAAGAGACUAGAGGAGGUGGGGCGGGUGGUGAACCAGCUCGCUCAGAGAGGGGCCAACAGGGCUCGCGCCAGGUCACCAGAGAGCCUGCAGCUGUUGUUCUCGCGACCGCAGUCGAGUGAGGCUGAGCGGUCGGCAGAGGCAUCGCUGCAGUCUGUUGAGGUACUGACGAAGCUGAAGGAGAUGCGCGCCGUCGGCUCCAAGGCAUUCAGCGCCGAGGCACCACUGUUCGGAGUGGGUCUGCAGGACCGCGCCAACUUCCCCGCCUUCCCCGUUCUCGGCGACGACAAGAUUCCCGGCUGCGAGGUGCCCGCGCGCCCCAACUGUGCCGGAUCAGGCAACUUCCGCACCUUCAAUGGCGAAUGCAACAACCAGGAUGAGCCGCGGCUGGGGCGCGCGCAGACGGCCUUCUCGCGUUUCUUCCCGGCUGAGUACGAAGACGGCAUAUUCAAGCCGCGCUCGUCCGGCCUUGGCGGCCCGCUGCCGUCGGCACGGCUUGUCAGUCAGCGCGUGGCGAACACGUCCCCGCGCGACGACAACUUCCGCACGCUCUCCGUCAUGCUGUUUGGCCAGUUCAUCAACCACGACAUGAUUUCAACGGCGGCGUUCACGGUGCCGGGCGGCGGGGGACUGGCUUGUUGCAACAGUGACAACUCGUUCCCCGAUGAGCCGCUGCACCCCAUCGGCUGCAACCCGAUCCGUGUGCCGGACGACGACCCCUUCUACUCGCAGUUCGGCCGCAAGUGCAUGAGCCAGGUGCGCUCGCAACCGGCUCCGUUCGAGGACUGUAUCGCCGGUCCGACCAACCAGCUGAACCAGGUGUCGCAGUUCCUGGACUCCUCCAACAUCUACGGCAGCAGCAAGGAGCAGGCGGACCGGCUUCGUGCCUUCACCGGUGGCCUCAUCAAGAGCAGCGACGGCAACCUCCUGCCGCAGGUUGGCGGCCGGUUCAUCUCGGGUGAGGGCCGCCUAAGCGAGAACCCUGGGCUGGCCUUCAUGCACACCAUCUGGACACGCGAGCACAACCGCGUGGCAGCGGUGCUGGCGAAGAACCACCGAGACUGGGACGACGAGCGGCUGUUCCAGGAGGCGCGCCGCAUUGUCAACGGCGAGUACCAGAACGUCGUCUACAACGAAUACCUGCCCACUGUACUUGGCUUCAAGUACACGCGUGAUCAUGGUCUCGACCCAGCGUUCGGUCACUCCUUUGGCUACACGGGAUCAGGUGGACCCGAGCGUUACGUACAAGACUUGUUCAUCCUACGCAGCGAGACAGGCCGCAUCUUGAAGACGCUGGCCAUGGAGGACACGUUCUUCCGUCCCGACCUACUCACCGGACCGGGUGUUAUGGCGCAAUUCGCGCGCGCACUGACGCGCCAGAAGCCGCGCUCGGUCGACAACACCUUCUCCGCCUCUGUGCACGAGAAGCUGUUUGCUCAGGGCGCGCCAUCCGGGCUGGAUCUGAUCGCUCUCAACAUCAACCGCGGUCGAGACCACGGCCUGCCGACCUACGUCACGGCGCUGGAGAACUGUCUGGAGCGCUCGCUCGACGGCGAGUGGUCUUCCCUGGCGCCGUUCUUCGAUCCGAAAGUGCUGCAGAGCCUGCAAUCGGUCUACGACAGCAUCUAUGACAUCGACCUUUUCAUCGGUGGUGUGGCCGAGAAGCGAAAGCCCGGUGCACUGGUCGGCGAGGUGUUCCAGUGCAUCAUCGGCGAGCAGUUCUUCGUCACCCGUUACGGGGACAGGUUCUUCCACGACAACGGCGACAUGCCCCACAGUCUGUCAUUCCGGCAAGUACGCGAGAUUCAGCAGUCAAGCUGGGCGCGUAUCCUCUGCGACAACAUCCAAGGCCUGCAGGCGGUACAGCCGUUGGCGCUGUGGCAACCCUCCGUCUUCUUUAACAGUUUGCGCGACUGCAAUUCGUUCGCCAUUCCCCGUGCCGAUCUCAGCGUGUUCUAG